GAGCACACACGAAUCGGUUCGUACAACCAAAUGGUUGUGCGGCACGUUUACAUUAUUCGUGUGCGGUCAGAAUUGCGCUGAGGUUCAAUUUAAAGGAAGAAAAACGAGGAAUUCUCUCCCAUACUAAGCCUCGGCGCAUGGUUGCAUCCUCAAGUCUAACAGGCUUAACAAAACAAGAUACAGAAGAGCAAAAAGAAAGGAUAUCUCUCCCAUGGCGACUCCCAGAAACGGGAAUGGCGUGAAAGUGGAAGGGGACACGGUGGACGAGAGGAAGUACUUCCAGAAAGUGCUGGACGGCAUCGUGGGGCUCAACUCGUGGUUCACGGUGGCCAUGUUCGUGGGCCUCUCGCUGGCGAACCCUGGCCAGGUCCACAGCCUCGAGGAGGACCGCCCCAAGUGCGACCCUGACACGAAGCUCCGCAAGCAGCUCAUCUUCUACGAGAUUGCGUCCUUCAGCUUCUUCAUCUUCUCGGGCUUCCUCGGGAAGACCGGGAAGAUUGUCCUCUACAUCUACGAGAGGAAGAAGUGCACCGACCCUCACAGGAAGGUGCCCAGCCUUGUGGCGUUCUAUCUGGCGAUCUACGGGACGAUGAUUGGGUGCCUGUUCUUGCUCCUGGCGAUGGUCAAUGUCGCUCAGAUCAAGCUCGGGAAGCUCUCCUGCGGGAGCGAUUACGCGGUCCGCACGGUGACCGUGCUGGUGGGAGCAGUCGGAGUGGCUCUGAUGAUAUAUUUCUUCACGGUGUCAUAUGGUAUGCUGUUCACAGAGAGACCGAUAUGCAAAGCUAGUCCUCCUAGAGAUGCUUAAAACCAUGUUUGAACACUUUAUAAGCUUUGUCAGACUUAUAUAUCGUGAUGAAGUGUUGUCGUGGAAGAUGUAAUCCUAUUGCUGCGCAAAGUGGUCAUUCUUAAUUCAUCUUGCGAAGAAGAUGAUAGUAGGCAUCUCAAAUUCAUUGUCCUGAAA